GGGAGAACGGCGGGCGGGGCAGCGCGGCGCGGCUUUCUCGCACCUUCCGCCGGGGCCGCCAUGGCUAAGUGGGGGCAGGGGGACCCGCGUUGGAUCGUAGAGGAGCGCGCGGACGGCACCAACGUCAACAACUGGCACUGGACGGAGCGGGAUGCGACCAGCUGGUCCCGAAGCAAGCUGCAGGAAGUGCUGGUGGGACUGGUGGUGGAGGGAGAGGCCGGGCGCUGCGAGAUCUGCGAGCUGAAGCAGGUGGAGGGCGAGGCGUCCUGCAGCAGCCGGAAGGGGCGGCUCAUCUUCUUCUACGAGUGGAACUUGAGGCUCUCCUGGAAAGGUACUGUGAAAGAGUCUGGUGAGAAACAUAAGGGAUCUAUUGAAAUUCCUAACCUGUCAGAAGAAAAUGAGGUAGAUGAUACAGAGAUUAAUGUUAGCAAAAAGAAAGGGGAAGGUGAUAUUCUGAAGGAGCUUAUGAGAACUGAAGGAACCACAAAAGUCAGAGAGGCCCUCAGAGAUUACCUUAAAGCACUUAAAACAGAGUUCACCUUGGGAAUGAUUCUGCCUACAAAAGCUGCUGGUCAGGAACUGGCUGCUGAGAGAAGACUGAGUGGGAACACUGUGCAGGAGUCUGCUUCACCACAUUUGCAGGGUUUAGUAGGUGUAAAAAUUCCAACAGUGAGGAUACUUAUGAGAGAAAUAUUCAGCUCUCCAGCAGAUGAGCUUUACAGCAUCUUCACAACUAAGGAAUUGGUACAGAAGUUUUCUAAAUGUCCUGCUGUGAUUGAAGCUGAGAAGGGAGGAAAACUCCUAAUGUUUGAUGGUUGUGUCAGUGGUGAAUACACAGAAUUGGUCCCAGGCAAAAGACUUGUCUUGAAGUGGAGGUGUAGAAACUGGCCUGAUGAGCAUUAUGCAACAGUUGCCCUGAAUUUCCAGAAUAUGGUUGCUGAAACAGAACUGCAGUUAGAGUGCAAAGGAGUUCCUGUCUCUAAUGAAGAUAGUACAAGACAGUGGUGGAAGAAGCAGUAUUUUGAAGAGAUACAUAAUUUACUACAGCAAUCCAAAGACAACAUGGACUGAUAACAGCACUGUAGUUUUGUUAGGGCAUUACUUUUUAUACAUUGUUAACAUAAAAAAAAAAAUAAAUUAUUUGUGGCAAGAAUAAAGACCCACUUCUAUGGUACUGUAUAUUUUAAGCUUUAUUUAUGUUUUUUUAAUGAGUGAGGUGGCCUGUAAGUUGGACUAUGUAUAGAAACAGCUUUACUUGGGAAAAGUAUUUGUUCACUUACUACAACUUAACUUGAGAGAGAAACUACAAUUUAGACACAGUAAAGUAGUGCCACCAGAGGUAGGAAAGCUACAUUAAUCAGUAGAAAGCAUUUGCAAUUCUUUAAUGUUCAGUGUAUCAAGUGGCAUAAUUGUCAUGUUCGGAAAGGGGAUGUUCAUCAGAGUUCAUCUGAAAGACAUAAAACAGAUGAUAAGGAAAUGUGGGGAACAUUACAGCCUCCUUAAAUAUGUUUUUGAGGUUGGUUUAACUGCAGGCCAAUUGUUUAUAAUGCUGUAGAAAGUUUUAGGGGAAGAUGAUUUAAAAUGUUACAUUAUUCUGGAUGGUACAAUGCUUACCACUGUUGUUAAGUCUUCUGCAUGCACCGUACUGCCUUACUUGACCUCAUUGUGAAAUUUAUUACUGUUCAUUUCUUCCAAAAUAAUGCUUUCUUGCAAUUCUGUAAAUCUCUUGAUUUCUGGCCCUUCACAAUUCUGUAGCUCAAAAUAAAGCAAAAAACUGUUAGAUAAAAUUUGAUAAGAUAAAACAAUUAUUUCUUUUCAAUAUCCUAAUUAUAACCACUUUGAGGUUAACAAGGUUAACUUAACUCAUUUGAGAAUUAAGUGUGCAGUUUGAAAGAAAUUUACCAAGAAAGGGCGAGUUGUCUGUGAAGAACACAGCUGAUCAAUAAAGUAUGUGACUUUUACAUGA